AGACCUCAUCGGCGUUCAUUAUCGCUCAGUUAUCACCCAAGAUCAAAAUAACCCCGGAGUAUUAAUUCAUAAUGACAGUUUUUUUUUCAAUAUCUUGGAAUUAUCGCUUUACGUUUUUACUGUAGAUCAAAUGUGCAAAUAAUUAAAAUUUUUUAAAAUGUUUAAAAAAAGUCAUUUACGUUUUUGGAUGGCUUUGAUGAUAAUAGCUGUUUAUGUGUAUAUUAGAGUGUCAUUCACCAUCAAUAACUCGAAAAAUGUUAGAAUUUAUCGCAGAGUGGAUACUAGAGAUUGGGAAAACUGUUCUAUACCGUUCUUAGACUCAAAGCCUAUGUCAAUAAGACAGCACUACUCCGUCAACUUUCCAUACACAUGCAGAAAUCUAAUUUAUAAAACUCUAAAUGACAACGAUAUGAAAAUAUUAUCAUCAUUUAGGAAGAAUUAUCCUCGGAUAAAGAGAAGAGAUUCUGACUUUAUAGAAUUAAGCAAAGACUGCUCGAAGUUGAAAUCACUGGGAUAUAUUGAAGAUGAGAUCUCCGAUGAAGAAUUAAAUUUUCCUUUAGCUUUCAAUAUGAUAGUGCACUUUAAUGCAGAACAAGUUGAAAGACAAUUAAGAGCUUUAUGGAGGCCUCAUAAUAUAUUUUGUAUACAUGUUGAUAAGAGUUCACCAAAAGUGUUUCAUGAUGCCAUAAGGGGAAUAAGUUCUUGUUUUAAUAAUGUCUUCGUAAUAGACCCUUCAAUAGAUGUUGUCUAUGCGGGUUUUAGUAGAUUAUUGGCUGAUAUAAAAUGUAUGGAGCUUCUUUUGAAAUCUACUACAAAUUGGAAAUAUUUAAUGAAUACUGCUGGAACAGCUUUUCCUCGUAUGACCAAUUAUGAAAUGGUUCAGGUUUUAAAUAUUUAUAAUGGAGCUAACGAUGUUGAGGGUCUCUUUGAUAGACCAAUCAGAUCAAGAUUUGAAGAUGAAUGGAUAGAAGUCAUUGAGGAUAACAAAUCUUUUUUGAAAAAAACUGGAAAAAAAAAUCCUCCACCUCCUGAUGGCACUAAAAUCGUAAGAGGCAGUGCAUACGCUAUUUUUAGCAGAAAUUUUGUACAUUACAUUAUUAACGACGAGAAAUCGAUACGCCUGUUGGAAUGGUCUAGAAAAACUUGGAGCCCUGAUGAACAUUACUGGGCGACCUUACAUCAUUUAUACGCUAAUCCUCAUUUGCAUACACCUGGAGGAUAUAGAGGUAUUCCUCAAAAAAAGCCUUGGUUGGCUGUAUUUGCCGGCUGGAGUGGCGAAUACAACUGUAAAGGAAAGUGGCUGAGAGGCGUGUGUGUUUUUAGUGUUUCGGAUCUCUCUGCAAUUAUGCUGAAGCAGCAUUUCUUUGUAAACAAAUUCGACGUUCAAUUUGAUGCUUAUGCUUUGGACUGCUUCGAAGCAUGGAUCAUGGCCAAGUCAUAUUGUCGGCCAAAAUUUAGUCUAGAUUAUUAUAAAACUUUACCGUUUAUUAUAGAAUGA